UACUCAGUUUUAACAAACCCCAUUUUCUUGCCUUUUGAAAAAGAGCAAUUUGGGGUUAUCUUAAAAGUUUCUUUAUUUGAAUGUUUCAAGACUCAUUGUCUCUAUAUAAAGUUACAAUCUUUCUUGACAUUUUAAGCUUUACAUGUGGAAUUUAGCAAGAUUUUCCAGUUCUUGGUAGCCAUUAACUGAUUUUUUUUCUCUGUUUCUAUCAGGUGUUUCUGCAAUUAGGGGAAGUUGAAAAUUCAUUUUUUUCUAUAUAAAAUCAAGAAUCUGAUUUAUUAAGGAUGAGUGGAGCUGUGCUGAUUGCACUGGCUGCAGCCAUUGGCAACUUGUUGCAAGGAUGGGACAAUGCGACAAUAGCAGGGUCUGUUCUUUACAUCAAGAAGGAAUUCAAUUUGCAAACACAGCCAACCAUGGAAGGGCUAAUCGUCGCGAUGUCUCUAAUCGGAGCGACAGUAAUCACGACAUUCUCGGGACCCGUAUCCGACAUGCUCGGGAGACGUCCAUUGCUUAUAAUUUCAUCAGUACUUUAUUUCCUCAGUGGAUUAGUGAUGUUAUGGUCUCCAAAUGUUUACGUGUUGCUUUUAGCAAGGCUCUUAGAUGGAUUCGGAAUUGGUCUUGCUGUGACGCUCGUUCCAGUGUAUAUAUCUGAGACGGCCCCACCGGAAAUACGAGGGCGCUUGAAUACCUUCCCGCAGUUCACUGGUUCUGUUGGAAUGUUUUUAUCAUACUGCAUGGUUUUCGGAAUGUCGUUGACAUAUGCACCGAGUUGGAGGCUAAUGCUUGGGGUUCUCUCGAUUCCUUCUCUUGCAUAUUUUUUUCUUACAUUGUUUUACUUGCCUGAAUCUCCAAGAUGGCUGGUCAGUAAAGGUCGAAUGAAAGAGGCUAAACAAGUUUUACAAAGACUACGUGGCAGGGAAGAUGUCUCAGGUGAAAUGGCAUUGCUAAUGGAGGGUUUAGGUGUUGGAGGUGAAGUAUCUAUAGAAGAGUAUAUAAUUGGUCCGGACCAUGAACUUGCUGACAACCAUGAUGAGAAAGAUCAGCUCAAGUUAUAUGGAGCCGAAGAGGGUCUUUCAUGGAUAGCAAAACCUGUGACUGGACAAAGUACUCUAGGUCUGGCUUCCCGUCACGGGAGUAUGGCAAACCAAAGCAUGCCUCUUAUGGAUCCGUUGGUCACUUUAUUUGGCAGCGUACACGAGAAACUUCCGGAAAUGGGAAGCAUGCUCUUUUCGAAUGUUGGCAGCAUGUUCAAUAUAGCAGAGAAUCAAGGUAAAACUGAUCACUGGGAUGAAGAAAGCCAAAAGGACGAGGAAAAUCAUCAUACGUCUGAUGGUUCUGGUGCAGAAUCUGAUGACAAUUUGAGAAGCCCGUUGCUCUCACGUCAAGGUACAAAUGCCGAAACAAAUAUUGGGCCCCCAACCUCAUUAAGCAUGAGGCAAGGCAGCAAUUUCAUGCAAGCAAAUGAGCAAGCCAGCAUGGGUAUUGGUGGUGGUUGGCAACUAGCGUACAGAAAAGACGAGACAAAAGAAGGAGCACUUAAAAGGAUUUAUUUACAUGAAGAAGGAGGAGGCACUGGAUCACGGCGAGGGUCCAUUAUUUCCCUUCCUGGAGAUGCUCAUGCAGAUGGUGAAUUCAUUCAUGCUGCUGCUUUAGUGAGUCAGUCUGUUCUUCGUGCGGAGAGCCUCUUGGGCGGUCAACAGUCUAUCGUAGAAGCAGUUGAGAAACAAUCUGAAAAUGUUACGAAGAAGUCAGUCUGGAAAGCACUUCUCGAGCCGGGAGUCAAGCAUGCACUAUUUGUUGGAGUUGGAAUUCAAAUACUUCAGCAGUUUUCUGGAAUCAACGGGGUUCUUUAUUACACUCCUCAAAUUCUUGAGCAAGCAGGGGUAGGUGUUCUGCUAUCAAAUAUGGGAAUUGGUUCUGACUCUGCGUCUCUCCUCAUAAGUGCUGUCACAACUUUGUUAAUGCUUCCCAGCAUUGGUGUUGCAAUGAGACUAAUGGACUUAGCUGGCAGAAGGUGGCUUUUGCUGGCUACUUUGCCCGUCUUGUUAGCGUCACUUGUUGUGCUAGUCCUUGGCAAUGUUAUUAAAAUGGGCGAGGUAAUGCACGCCGUGAUCUCCACCGUUAGUGUUGUGGUCUACUUCUGCACGUUCGUUAUGGGGUUCGGUCCGAUCCCAAAUAUCCUCUGCUCUGAGAUAUUCCCCACAGGCGUUCGUGGAAUCUGCAUUGCUAUAUGCGCUCUUACUUUUUGGAUCGGAGACAUCAUUGUCACCUAUUCGCUCCCUGUUAUGCUUACCUCCAUCGGACUAGGAGGCGUCUUUGGCAUCUACGCCGUUGUGUGUGCCUUGGCUUGGGUAUUUGUUUUCUUGAAGGUUCCGGAAACAAAGGGCAUGCCCCUUGAAGUCAUAACGGAAUUCUUUGCUGUUGGGGCUAAGAAAGCUUCCUAAAGAAUUACUACUCUAGAGAUUUGAAACUUACAUGCUAGACCUACCGAAACGGUUGGUGAUUUUGCGGAAGGAAGUGAAGUAAUCAGUCAACAAGAUUGUGGUCAGAAAGAUGACUCACUUAACUGUUAUCCAUUUUUCUAUCUUCCUUUUUUCUCUUUGUAACUAGUCUUUCUGCUUGCUUCAAAAAAGGAUCCAGCUCCUUCAGAGUUUCAAGAUUUGGAUAUCAGUUUGCCAUCAGCACCAUCUAAUGUUAAGUUUUGAACAUUUUAUUGAUACACUUGUUUAUUCUCUCUUUCUUCCUAAUCUAAGUAGGCGUUUUGGGCAGUA